AGCAGCAGCUAUUGCCACAACAACAACAGUAACGGGAAAUUCGACAAUAAUGGCAACAACAAAACGUAGCCAGAAUACAACGGAAUGUGUUCCAGUACCAUCAUCGGAACAUGUUGCCGAAAUUGUUGGCCGACAAGGAUGUAAAAUAAAAGCAUUACGUGCAAAAACCAAUACUUAUAUAAAAACACCGGUACGUGGUGAAGAACCAGUAUUUGUUGUUACUGGCCGUAAAGAAGAUGUUAAUGCUGCAAAACGUGAAAUAUUAUCGGCUGCUGAACAUUUUAGCCAAAUACGUGCACAACGUAAAAAUAAUCCCGGAAAUAUGGGACCGGCACCAAAUGCCCAUUUACCUGGCCACAUUACCAUACAGGUACGUGUACCGUAUCGUGUUGUAGGUCUUGUUGUUGGACCAAAAGGUGCAACUAUCAAAAGAAUUCAACAACAAACCAAUACAUAUAUUAUAACACCAUCAAGAGAAAAAGAUCCAGUAUUCGAAGUAACCGGAUUACCGGAUGAUGUUGAUACGGCACGUAAAGAAAUUGAAGCACAUAUUGCCAUACGUACUGGUGGUAUAAUUGAUUCAACAACCAGAUCUAUUGGUACACCGGAUGAAACAACAACAAGUAGUGGAACAAAUGGAACAAAUUCAGAUUUUUCCAAUUCACCAUUACUUUCAUCAUUUGAUAAUCUAUUCAUAUCUGCAUUGACCAAUAAUAAUAAUAAUCAUAAUAAAUGUAAUGAUUUUUUCAUGUCAACAACAACAUCGACAACAAUGGCUACAACAAAAAUGUCUACUAGUUCAACAUCAUCAUCAUUUUUGAAUCAUUCACCAUCAUCGAUUGCUAAAUUGAUUGGUAAUAAUAAUUCAAUAAUGCAGCAGCAACAACAACCAUCAUCAUAUAAAAGUCAAACAUUUAAAGAACUUUGUUCAAUUUUUCAUAUGAAUGGUGAUCAUCAUCAUAAUUCAUCAUUAUCAACAUCACCACCAAAUUCAUUAACAUCAUCUGGCCAAACAACAACUAGUAAUGGAUCAUAUGAUAUUGAUGAAGGUAUUGGUGAUGAUUCACCAACAUCAUUUGAUCAUUUAUUUUUAGAAUCAAAUAUUCCAAUCAACAAUAAUAAUAAUAAUAAUAAUAAUAAUCAUUUAUCAUUAGCUACAAUGACUACAUCAUCAUCACCAUUAUCUUCUUUAUCUAUAUCCGGUAUAUCAAAUAUUGGUUCUUCCAUUAUAUAA